GGCUUGCUCCCUCUCUUCAGUUCUGUCGCGCUCCUCAGUGCCACUGCAGAUCUUCUUCGUCUCUCAAYCUCAAUCUCAGCUAGUCAAAUGGAUCUUGAUUGACUUGAAUUUGGGAGAUUAAGCUAUUCCCAAACUUAAAUUCUAGUAGCUGGUUUUGGUUUCUUUCAUCACCAACGCAACCCGACCAUUGUUACCUGAAGUAACUUCAGCAAAGGAUUCUCACAGAGUUGGAGUAAGAAGAGAUGGGAAAAGGCUUCCAUGAAGAGCACUGAAAACUCAAAGUGGACAAGCCAAGCAGUUCGAACGAAUGGGUAGGAAAGCUGGUACCUUAUAUAUUAACCCAAAGAAAUUUGGCACUCUCAGCAAACCUUGCAUGAAGGAAAUGAUAUCAUUCCUCAAUUGCAUAGCUCUUAAUCAGAACAAUGAUGAUAAGUGCACCAGAAAUAAGGAACUUCUUAAUACUUGCAUGGAUGCUCAGUCCAACAGAAAUAGGAAACCUUGGGGGAGCAUCAAUUACCAUUUGCAGAGACUUAGCAGGGGAAGAAAGUAGUUUAAGAUUCUAUUGACAGAGUGCUCAAUUAGCAUUAUUAGGAGGAUUCAGAUUAUAAUCUUCAGGGAUUCUUUAAAUUUUACUGACGAAGCUGACUACAGAAUUCUUUUUAGAAUCGAUACCCAGGUGCAAUUUCUCGACACAAGUGUUAUUGUACAUAGUCUAUUUACUAUGGCAUGUUUAGUUGGGAAACUUUGGUGAGUUUGUCGGGUUCUUUCUUAUGGUCAAAUAUUUAAGUGAUUAAGAAUAUCUUAUAGCAGGAAUGAAGGAGUUCUGCUUUUAGCUUUAUCUAGUGAUUAAGAAUCUCAACAAGGAUAAUGGAUAGUCUGCAAGCGAGAUUUCAUAUAUAAAUAGUCUACAAAUCUUUUGGUGUGAA